AGCCCAAAUCAUACUUUUUCUUUAAAACCCCUUCUCGGAAAGUCGAAAAGAAACCCUAGAGACACUUUGCUUUGAGAGGAGGCGCUGCACAGCUUACCGAAAACUCAUCACUCCCAGAUUUCAUCUCUCAGUUGAAACCAUGUCGUCGGUUGGAGAAGCUGCUUGCUCUUACGCUGCUUUGAUUCUCUAUGAUGAUGGAAUCCCCAUUACCGCUGAGAAGAUUGCAACAAUAGUUAAAGCUGCAAAUAUCUCUGUUGAAUCUUAUUGGCCAAGCUUGUUCGCAAAGCUUUUCGAGAAGUGUAACAUUGAGGAUCUCAUAACCAAUGUUGGAGCUGGUGGUGGUGGUGCUCCAGUUGCUGCAGCUGUACCUGUUGCAGCUGGUGGUGGAGGUGGUGCAGCAGCACCACCCCCUGCUGAGGAAAAGAAGAAGGAGGAGCCAGAGGAAGAGAGUGAUGAUGAUAUGGGAUUCAGUUUGUUCGAUUAGACACUCCUUUCAGUUUGUGAUUUGGUCAAUUACUGGAUUAGUGCAUUAAGCUAUAACAGUAGUUUGAGUUUUAUUUAGCAUGGGUAUUUGUCUGUUAAUUAGAAGUAUAUGUCUUUUUGAAUGAAGUGAGACUGAGUAGUUUUUCGCUUUUGAGUUGUAUGGUUGAAUCUUCCUACAUAUACGAGUAUUCUAGACCAAUUUUUGCCA